GCGCCACGCCUCCUCCCCUACGCAAUGCGUGUCGUCACCACCCGCCGUUCCUACGCGCCGGCGGCUCCCCGAGGGGCGGUGGGUUCGCGCGAGAGGAGGCGGGGCUCGCGUUUGAAAGAUGGCGGACGAAGUGGACCAGCAACAAACAACAAAUACUGUAGAAGAGCCACUGGAUCUGAUCAGACUCAGUCUUGAUGAACGAAUCUAUGUGAAAAUGAGGAAUGACCGAGAACUUCGAGGCAGAUUACAUGCUUAUGAUCAGCACUUAAAUAUGAUUUUGGGUGAUGUUGAAGAGACUGUGACAACAAUAGAGAUUGAUGAGGAAACCUAUGAAGAGAUUUAUAAAUCUACCAAGAGGAAUAUUCCAAUGCUCUUUGUCAGAGGUGACGGCGUUGUGCUUGUAGCUCCUCCAUUGCGGGUUGGCUGAAACCAUAAAGGAUUUUCCCUGGUUGGAAAGCUGCUUGCUUUGAGAUAAGGCUCCUGUUCAGAUCACACUUCUGUGCAAAACUCUGUGCAUAUUUUUAUAUGAUAUUGUUGGUUUGUGUUUUGUUUUUGUUUUUUUGCACCUGCUUGGCUUGUGGAUCAUUGAAAAUAACCGACAAAAAUAAUGAAAGGAUGGUGUGAGACAGUUUAGUUUUCGAAGAGUAAAAUUUAAAUGUUAUAAUACAAGUGUCCGUCAAAUCAGUAAAUUAAUCUUUUCAGUUUUACAAUCUUGGCAAUUGCUGAGUUCUCAUUUUUUAAUAAAUAUGGUUUAUCUUUUGGA